GUAACAACAAAGUGAAGAUGAAUGUCUUCGUUUAGAUUUCAGGUCACAUAAUGAAUUUCAGGUAGAAUCUGGAGUAGCAUGUCGAUGUGCGAUCAAUGCAGUGAGGUGCUGGUGCUUUUGAACAACCAUCACAGUCGCCAUGUUUCUGGGGGUUCUGUUCAGCUCAGCAGAAGUGAAGUGGAAACCUUCAUCAGGUAUUCAUGCUCCUGGAACAACAAGCAAUGCCUUUGUGUCUACAAAGACUUAAAAAACUUUGACCGGCUGACCAACUUGGUGCAAGUUGUCCUUAAUAUGGCCAUAGAGUUGAUCCAGUGCUUGCCCCAAGUGUUGGCUCAGAAGCUCAGUAGCAAAGCACAAGAGGUACGCCAACGUUCAAUCUCCCAGUCAUCAGCGGAGGAAGAAGGUCAGCGACGUCAGAGCCAGACGUUGGGGGAGGAGGAUGAGUGUCCGGAUGAGGCUGAUGAUGACUUGGCCAUACAGUCCAUGUGGGAAGAAUGGACCAUUGAAGAACUGAAACGUCUCCUGGACUUUCAGACGUCAUUGUUCCUGUCCAAUUUUGCAGUCUACAGGGCGCAUAAAGUUAUGACAGCGCAUAAUAUGGAGGAGCUGUCUUCUGCCGAGACAACUGCUCUGCACAACUAUUGUGAAAUAAAUGACAUGGAUGCUCCCUUGCUGCUGUUGCGGAAUGUUUGUUUCUUCAUCGACAGCAAUGGAGUGGGUGCAUUGAGCCAGUGCUUUGAGAAGGCCAACAAUAAGAACCUGCCCCUCACCUUUGCUCAUACUCUGAUCACCAUCAUAACAAAUCUCCGAAUGUGGGUCAACACACCCACCAUCCUGACAUGUGUGGUCCCGCUCCGCUCUCCAAUCAUCCGCUACAUGUGCACUCUGUCGGAGGCCGACAUGAGAGCAGCAGCGGCUCACAACACCAUGGAGCUUAUGUGGCAAGCUAUCAAAGAACCGAUGGACUCUCAGAUGACUUUUGACCGCGAGGUCAUGGCUUUAGUGUACAAAUGCUUCACAAGCACCACCCUUACCAUCAGGCUUGGCAGCAUCUGUCAGAUUAGUACACUGAUCAACACUUACAAUGACAACAUCAGCAAUGAAUUAAUGAGUGACAUUGAAAGUUUUGGAGAUGAGAUGGCAAAGUGGCUCUUGGACAACAAGAUUGUCGAACAAAUCUUUGGACCCAACCUUCAUAUCGAGAUCAUCAAGCAGAGCCAGAUUAUUCUCAAUUUCUUGGGAGCUGAAGGGAAAAUAAAUAACCAGCAUCUGGACUGCAUUUGGGCUGCAGCACAACUGAAGCACUGUGGUAAGCAAGUGUACGAAGUGUUGCUGCCUUUGAUAAAGUCUGUGGAGCCAGAGCAGAACCGACACUUGAGGCACUUGAUAGAUAAGCUGGACCCGGCUUCGUACAAUGAGUCGGUUCUUUAUCUGUCCUCAAUUCUGACACGAAGCCAGUGGCAGGCUUUUCAGGUGGAAGAGGCUCAGAGACGUAAGCUCACCCCUGCUGGAGCUGCUCCAGGAAGUAGACGUAGCACUCGUGCGCCAGCUCCACAGGUGAGCAGUAGUGACAGUGACUCUGACGACGGUGGUGCCCCGCCCCCUGCCAAGUUGCCACAGCGCAACCCUGAGCUUGCAGUGGCUGUGGUGACGGAGCAGCUGGCUGGAGCGCUUGGGUCAGAGGAUGACCACUGCUGUAGUGGCUGUAUCCCCCAGCACACCGUGCACCAUCUGCCGCAACAGUCACAGCAUCACCACCACCAUCACCACCACCACGCCCUUCACCACCGCCAGCAGCAGCACCUGAGCCUGCAUCACGCAGGGGUGGCCUCCGACAGCUCAAUCGAGGGUCAGUCAGACCUCAGCUACGAAGAAGAAGAGGAGGAGGAAGAAAAUCCUCGCCUUCGCGCCGUGGUGCACAGUGUGAUGGCCAAGACAGGCCAUGCCUCGUGUGGGGGCGAGUCAAGCGAGGAUGAGGGAGGCGUUGAUGUGGUUGUGACUAAAGAGGGUAUCCCUCUCCCUCGUUCGGUGCGCGGUCGCGUUGUUGGCCUCCAGCCUGAUGUGUUCCCCCGCAACAACAGCAAAGCGGAAGUUAGCCCAGGACAGGUGGCUGCACUGGUAGUGGGUGCUGCAGGAAUGCCACCCGACCCGACACCAAUGGAGGAGGCAGGGUCUGACGAUGAGGAAGAAGAGGAGGAGGAGGAAGAGGAGGAUGAUGAUGAGGAGAUGAGCUCUGAGAACGAGACGAGUGUGGGUGGGGGUCACCGUGGAGCUGCGGGGCUGGAGGCUGAGAAAGCCCUGAGGAGCCAGAGGCUGGCAACACAGCUCAUGGCUGCUGAUCAGGCUCUGGUGAGGGUGCAUGAGGAAGAGGAGGAAGACGAGGACAAUGAUGAAGAGGAGGAUGAGGAAGCAGAUGAUAGAAAAGUUUCUGCAAAGGAGGCUGCACAAGUCAAGAUCGCAGACAAGCGAGGCUGCUGCGUUGGUGAAGAAGAAUGGGCUGUCAUCCAAGGGGGGCAGCUCCAAGCCGCCCGUCGCAGUGAGCAGCAGCGCCAGCAGCUGAUGAUGGCAGAGGAGGAGGAUGAGGAGGGUCUUGCUAGUGUGGAAAAUAAAGAUCUGAAACCAGUAACCUAUGAUCUGACCAUCCUGCUGAGUCCAGAGAGAGAGGAAGGCAGCUGCCAUAGCUCGGGUCUGAGCACCAAGUCGGAAAAGAACAUGGCCGACUUUGACGGUGAGGAGGGAGUCAGCGAGGAGGAGCUGGUCCAGAUCAAUGCUCACAUCGGGUUCAACCCCCACCAGCCCGCUGGCCAUAUGUCUGCCCUGUACCAUCCUCGAGGUGCUGGGGUGCGGCGUGCAAGUCAGAAAAGUAAGAGUCCUGCCUCGGACUUCAGGCUAGAGGAGGUGUGCAAGCCUGGACACACGCUUCUCUGGGACCUGGUGCAGGACAACAUGGCGAAUCUGCUCCCCGAAGGCAUGGCAGCUGAAGCAGAAAAAGCUCUGACCACUUUGUUGUGCUGCUCCAAUGACAGGCAGAUCAGGACAAAGUUCAUUGAGGCCAUCAUAGACAAUUUGGCCAAAAACAAGUCUGUGGUGGUCUCUCUACGACUGCUCACCAAGCUGUUCAGCUCUUUCAAUAGUAUGCGGCCAAUAGGGGGCUCUUACAAGGUUGUUUUGUGGGCGGAGAAGUCACUACACAUGAUGACCCACUUCUUCAACAACCUGGUCCACUUCACAGAACAGUCUCAGGACCGUAGUACUUGGACUUCCCACCACGGAUUCAAGGAAGAGGUCUCAGCCCGCCUUGUGUUCUUGUCCUGUGUCUUCUCUUCCCAGUAUUCCCCAGACUCCUUCCGUCUGAGCCAAGGCCAGGCUGACCAAUUGUGGGAAUGCCUGGCCACUGACCCGGAGAGUUGCCAGGAUUGUCUGAGCUGGUUCUAUGACCAGGCUCGAGGAAAGGAAAAUCAUGCGCUGCAUCUGGACACUUUCAGACACAUUUUCGUCAACAAGAUGCCAAAACUGCAGGCUGAAACGAUGCCCAUGAUUGGUCUGAACCUGUUCCAGCAACUGUCUAACAUCACCUGUGUGGUCAACUGCCAAAGUGCCACGCUCACUGAGGAACAGGACCCGGUGGGACGACUGGCCGUGAUCCAACGUGGCCUUCUACUGUGCAAACACCACCUUGACGCCUUCCGACAGCGCUAUGCUUACCACCUGCGCCGGUGGCAGCUGGCGGGAGCAGGCAUCUCAAGCCAUCAGCCCAUGAGCAAACCACAGAGCAUCACAAUCUACCUGAAGACUGCUGAUCUUUCUGAGAGCCAGAUAGAGAUGCAGCAGAGCAGCCUGGUCUCCGAGCUGCGGGCCGAAGUGUCCCACUGGUGGGAGGAGCUGCAGAAGGCCCAGCCCAAACCGGCCCCGCAGAGCUCCAGCCCGGGCAUCAUGUCCCCUCUGCUGGGCUCCAUGCUUGGGGAGGGCCCGCUGCGCAUGAUGUGCCUGGGCCAGGAGCUAACCGUGGAUGUGGACGAGCGCACGCUGGCCGACCUGCACAUGACGGACGGACAGCAUGUGUCUGUCUCAAUCGGGGCCAACCGACAACAGCGUAAAAAUGACGGAUCUGUACCCUCGUCGUGUCUGCCCGUGCCCGACCGUCGCAAGUUGCCCAUGAACCUGAUGAUCCAGGAGCCUCACUUUGACAAUCUCUUUACGCUCCUGGGUCAGCUGAGUGAUGUCAGCUCUCUUCUGGACAAUGUGGACAAGGAAAAGCGUGCGAGUGUUCAGGCUGAGGCCCGGCGUCUGUCACGGGACGUGUGGGAGCUGCUCAUGGUGCUGCCCACCAAUGAGAACUUGCUCAAGGGAUUUAUGAAGAUCUCCAGUGACCAGGUGACACCUGAGGAGCUGUGUCAGCUCCUACCCCCUGCCAGCCCUCACCGCCUCUAUUACUCUCUUCAAAUUGUGGAAUUUCUUGCUCAAGGCACCAAGUUGGGACAAAGGCUUCCUGUGCGCCAAGGGGCAGGAGAUCCCAGUGAUGAGAAAAAAACAGGCAGUGGUGGCAAGACUGCUUGGUGUGCCAAGUUCAUCGCCAAAGGAGGCCUGAGCCAUCUAAUGGAUAUCUUCAUGAAUGGUUCUCUUCAGUCCAAGGAAGGAAAUGUAUGGAGUCAGUGGAACCAGGAGUGUUUGGGAUAUCUGCUACGGCUGAUCUCCCAAUUCUCUGUGGAUGGGCCUGCGCAGAGUGAGACGGAGGCCAGUGGUUCAAGGCUACGGCGGCCAGUCAACAAAAAAAGCAGCUCUCUAGUCAUAUACACAAUAUCUCAGUCUGUGCUUGAUUCGCUGGAUGUCCAAGCAGUUGUGAAGAUCCUAAUGCAGAUUUUAUAUGAUGCAGCCAUGCCAAUGGAUUCUAAUCAGUUGUACUGUGGGACUUGGGGUCGGGGAGAAGUUGUGCAGCACGCCAUGUCCUUCCUGGUAUCUCUGGCUUUCUCGUGCCCACAAGUGUUGGAGUACCUUUGUAGUGCGGACAACUUUCACUCUUGGCUCAAGCGAUUAACCCUGGAAGCUCCUGAGGCCCACGUCCGCAAACAAGCGUGUUUGGGUUUGCACCGCCUGUGCUUGGGUCGCACGAGACAGGACAAGAAAGUCACCACUUUCUUGGGACCUGUCCUUGAGCAGCUGUUGACCUUCUUGUCCGACUCUGAACUUUUUAAACCCAAGAAAUAUGAGAUGGAUUAUACAAGGGAAGAGAAGGAGAUUUAUGGUGCUGGAUGUCACGACUAUUUCAUCUUUAUACGCAUGUGUCUGGAUGAGCUGGAUGCUCAGCAGACCAAUAUCAACAUGGACACUCUUUUGAAACAAGUGACGGAUGAUGUCCUGAAUCGUCCAUUUUACGAAACUCACAAAGGCUUUGAAGAGGAUGAGGGGUUGCUAGGAUUGCUGAAUGUAGCCACAGCUAUUUAUAGACACAAGCCUCCAUUUUUUCUUCAAGAGGAAAAUACGCGCUUCCUGGACGCCUUGUUUGACUUCCUCUUCCUGGUGCCUAGCCCUCGCUCUCCACACUUGCCAAAGUGCAAAAGUCAGAAGACGCGGCAAGCAGCCUACGACCUGAUUGCAGAGAUGUGUAGUGGCAACAUGAAACAUUAUUCCCUGGCUGUGGACAAGUUCAUGAAACAGAACACUAGAGAGGCCCAUGCGCCCUACCCCUGGGAGUACUGGCCCCAAGAGGAUGGCCGGGCCAAGUGUGGCUACGUGGGCCUCACCAACCUGGGAGCCACGUGUUACAUGGCCACGGCCGUACAGCAGCUGUUCAUGAUCCCGAGGCUGCGACAGUCUGUGCUGCACUUCCAGGUCAAUGACAACCGUCCACAUGCGGCCAUGAUGAUGGAGCUACAGCGCAUGUUUGCUUACUUACAGGAGAGUGAGCGUCGGGCCUACAACCCGAAGAGCUUCUGUAAGACAUACAUGAUGGACCGGUGUCCCCUCAACACAGGAGAACAGAAGGACAUGCAGGAGUUCUUCACUGACAUCAUCACCAAGCUGGAGGAAACCUCUGGUCAGAUGAAAAUGGUCAUUAAGGAAAUGUUUGGAGGGGAGACCACGAACAAUGUUGUGUCUUUGGACUGUAAUCAUGUGAGCCGGACGUUUGAAGAGUUUUACACAGUGCGGUGUGGUGUGGCCCACAUGAAGGAUUUGUAUGAAUCCCUGGAUGAAGUAACUGUGAAGGACAUGCUGGAAGGAGACAACAUGUACACAUGCUCACAUUGCCACAAGAAAGUCAGGGCUGAGAAGAGGACAUGUUUCCGCAAGUUGCCUCGCAUCCUGUGCUUCAACACGCUGCGCUACUCCUUCAACAUGCUGACCAUGAUGAAGGAAAAAGUCAACACGCACUUCUCCUUCCCAGACGCACUGGACAUGUCUCGGUACAUGGAGCAUAACCUCAUUGGCAAAGACAAAAUCAAAGAUGCUGAGGGAGAGGCUGCAGCGUCACCGGAGGAACAGAGCUAUGAGUAUCGGUUGAUUGGUGUCACGGUUCACGUUGGAAGUGCCGAGGGAGGACACUACUACAACCUCAUCAAGGAUACACAGUCCAACAAGUGGUACCAUUUCAAUGACGCAGACGUGAAGCCUUUUGAUCCAAGCAACAUCCCUCAUGAGGCUUUCGGGGGUGAAAUGAAUUUCCCUCUGCUGCAAGGCAAGCAUUAUGAUACAGUAUCAGACAAGUAUUUGGACUUCCCAAUUGAGAAGACCAACAGUGCUUACAUGUUGUUUUAUGAACGUGUGUCGCCCAACAUGAUUCAGGACACUCAGGAGUUCAACUUUGAAUUGUCACCAGAUUUGGCUGCUUGGAUCUGGAAUGACAACACACAGUUCUUGAAGGACCGCAGCAUCUUUGACCGCAUGUAUUUUGACCACAUGUGGCAGAUGUGUUCCCACCUCCCGAGCACCCUGACCGUGGACGUGAGUGACCGCGCCAAUCACAAAGCCGUGGUUUUAGCCUCGUGCUUCCUACUCGAGUCUUUCAUACACGCCAAGGAAAAGAAUUCCAUGCCCAAGUGGAUUGACUAUCUCAUGAAGAAGUUCAACAGCUGCUUGGGCCCUUGUGAGUGGCUGUUGGAGCACAUGGCGGGCCAGGACUGGUGGCUGCAGCACAUCCUCAUCAAGUGUCCCAACUCCGUCAUCCGGCAGAUGUUCCAGAGGCUUCUCAUCAUGAUGAUCACUCAGCUAAGCAAGGCCAGCACCCAGUACAUACUGCUCAGCCCUGGCCUGGAUACAGCGGAGACCUGUGGUCACAGCUGCCUGACCAGAUUCAUCACCAAAUUGUUAUCAAAUUUGGAGUGUGGCAUGCGUCCAACCAACAAGUUCAUCAGUGACUACUUCACGUUCCUGUUUGAGUUUGCCAAGCUGCAGGACUCCACUGCAAACUUCCCCACGGCAGCCUUCCUGAACUCCAUCAACACCAUCAGUAUGCUGGUCCGCUUCUACAUGGGAGGCCAGGCUGACUAUGUGGAAAUCCUGUCGGACGAAGAUGAGGAGGAAGUCCUUUCCAUGUCUCCAGACGAGGUGCGGCCGGUGGCCUUGAGCAAGCUGAUUUCUCUUGUGGCAUACUUGGUGGAGACGUCACGAGACGGUCACGUCUUGCAGCUCAGUGACUCUGACAUGAACUACUUGAUACGUGGCAGAGGCCACCCGUUCCUGAUGUACCAAGUGCGAGAUAACAUCAACAUUGAGCACACGUGCAACCUCAUCGUCAGCCUGUGCAUGUUCAAUGAACCUCUGGCAGUUUCUAUUGUUACAACGAUCUUCAACAACAUCAAGAAACUUGGUGAUCUGGCAAAACCUUUCUUUGACCUUUUGACCUUGCUGACGGAGUUCUCUGGUCGCUUGCCUGGUCAACCAUCCUUCACCCAGCUCAUUGUAUCCAGACUGUGGGAGCUGACAAAAGUGUCCCCGCGUCAGUGCUUGGAAUGGCUGACCAACAAGGUCUCUCAUAACCGCCUGGCCCGUCUGUGGACCCUGGACUGUAUGGAAGGAUGGCUGGAGCUCUACAUGGUGGCCUAUAACAGCAAUUUGGUCCGCAUGGCAAGUGCCCAGCUGUUGGUUUCUCUUGUGCCAAACGAAAUGUUCCGCUCCAACUAUCGCCCUCGUCUCUUCGCUCCCUGCCCCAGCUCUAUUGUGUGGAGCAAAGAGGAUCUGGCUGUCAUGCAUAGGAUUUAUCAGCACCUGCUACUGCUGCUGAAGAGGGCACAUGUGUACAUAGCACCAUAUGAUGGCAAUCAGUCAAACAUGGUGGGUCCAUCCCACGCCAAGCUCAUGUCUUUGUUCUCUGUACUCACCUACUGCCUGUACUCGCGCAGAGAGAAGCUCAUGUUCACACCUUUCUUCCUGGACCUAUGGCAGCUGUUUCACCCCUUCAUGUUGGAGCCACAGAUUCCACUCAACCAUAACAAGCAGGCUCUGCUUCUGUUCUGGUUCAACGUGUGCCAAGACUGCCCGGAGAACCUCCAGCAAAUGGUGUCCAACCAGCAUGUCUGCAAGAACAUCGCCUUCAAUUACAUCUUAGCGGAUCAUGAGGAUGAGCAAAAUAUCCACUUCAACCGGGGCCUCCUGCCCGCGUACUACGGCCUGCUCCGGAUGGCCUGUGAAUAUUCCACGGCCUUCAUGCGCCAGCUGGCUGGUCACCAGAACCUACAAUGGGCUUUCAAGAACGUCUUACCGUACCCGCAUCAGUAUUUGGAGGCGACAGAGGAGUUGAUGUGCAUGAUGAAGAUGAUGGCGGAUCGCAAGCCAGAGCACUGUGCCGAGGAGGCCGCAGCAGUUGAGAACUUCCGCAAGACAAUUCUGACGGUGUGCACCACGGGGCUAGACCCAAGGGUCAUGUGGCAGACUCUGUGCUCCAUUUACAAAGUUCUGGUGGAGACUCCAGAGGAUCACCUGAGUCUGCUCUACCAAAACGGACUGUCUGUGUUGAGUCAGUCAUUUUUCAUCAUCUACACCAUGUUCCAUGAGGCGACGGCGUGUCACAUGACUGGAGACCUCAUCGAUGUGCUUCAACUCAUACAUGCGCUGCUCAUGGCAGCAAACCACGCGGAGAGGAAAGCAGAGCUGCGAAGUGUCAUCAAUCAGUGGAAGGAGCGCAAUGAACUAGCGAAGAAACUUCUGACUUUGCUCAACUCUUUUGUGCCUGUGAACCUGAGAGCCAGUGCUUUAGAUGUCCUGCACAAGAUGGUGCUGGUGAUCCAGAAAGACAUCACCCAGUUCCUGACCAGCACUUUGCUGCACGCCCACUCCGCCUUCCAGAACUCCAACCCUCCGAUGAGUGUGGGUCCUUUCUACCCGACCCGUUCCUACCAGGGCUCUGCCAUCAAAGCCAACGUGCGACCUUCACGGCCACAGUUCCAAAUGUAUCUUCAUGCAGGUCAGCUGGAAGUGACCAAGGGCACGGAUGAGGAGUAUGACAAGGCUUUGGUCAACUACUACGAGCCAUACCAUCGCCUCAUUGACCGCAUGAGCCGCAUGGCCAUCAACCUUAAGAUGCUCAACAGCGACCUCAUCAACCUCUAUGCCAUGGUAGCCUAUGAAGGAGUACCCCUCCAUCUGCCAUACUUUGCCAAGCUGUGGAACGAAAUCAUGGACACCUCACAGACUGCAGAUCCGGACCACAACCUGGUCAACACCCUGUGCAAGUGUAACUCCUUCAUCGACUACAUUGACACAGUUCUCAUCGACGAACGGCGCUCGCUCAACAAUGACAUCAUCUACCAGUUCUUUCGCAACUUUUUCCCAAGGGUCCAUGAGCAUGUGAUCACUGACGGCGGUCAGAGUCUGGUCAUGAACCUAGUGGCCUCCAUACAGGCCGAGGCUGACGCCCUCAGGACCAACAUGGCUGACAGAGACGUGAUGCCCGUCCUCAACAGGCUUUUGGGGGAACUACGGGCCCUUCAGCUGAUCCUCUCGGUGCGGCCCCGCCAGCAGCCCAGCCCGCUGCUGCCCAAAGCCCUGCGCUCGAUCCUGCGCAGUGGCCGGCUGAUUCAGCAGCACCGAGCAGACAUGAUGGCCGCUGCUCAGGCCAGGGCAGACGCUGAGGCUGCCCGCCGGGAGCGCGAGGAGAGGAGGAGGAAAGAGGAAGAGGAGAGGCAAAGACAGGAUAUGGUGGAUAAAGAGAUGGAGGAGGAUAAAAGAGUGGAUGAUGGGGAGGAUGAGGAGCCUGUGGUCCGUCGUAGAAGAAAGUCGUCCAAUGUGGAGGGAGGAGAGAGUCUAGGUGCCACACCCUGCAAACGUGCCCGCUCCCGAAAUGAGGAGACGGAAGAUUGCGAGUCCCCGACUUCAGAGCCUGCCGAUCGAAAUGUGGACAUUAUGACUCCUGUAGCAGAGGCCAACAGCUCACUGGAGGAUCCCUUUGUUCCUGAGGAUGAAAAUAAGCCAGCUGCUUUACAGGUGGAUGAGGAUCCGCUUGUUGAACAACCCAACUCCAAAAUCAAAUGUGAAGUCGAGAAAGCGGCGGCUUCUGAUCAAGAGGCUCAGUCGAGUGAUUGUGGUGGUGCUCUAAAGGACAAAUCAGAGGAUGCCAGCACGUCUCAGACGGAAAAUGUCACAGAGGCAGUAUCCCCUCAGAAAGAGGCAACAUCUGUCCCACCCGCCUCUGCCGAUGAACAUCAAGAAGUGGAGGCAUCGUUGUCAUCAUCAUUGGCUCCCUCUCCUUCAGAUAGGUCAUCCGGCAAGGCAGACGACGGACAGGCUGAAAGAAGGGACAGUAUGGAGUGCCUUCCGUCGACGUCGACCAAUGUGCACAGCAUCUCUGAGCCGGGGCCCAGCACUAGUAAGGGCCCUGCCUCGGCCGCUGCGGCUUUUGUUUUGAGCGAGAGCAAGAGGCUGGGGGGCGACAGGACUGCCCUGGAUUCCGGUCACAUCCCUAAUGUGAUGGUGUCGAGACCGACAAGCAUGUCUCUGGGAGGGGCUGGGUUUUCCGGUGCUAACGGCGCACAGCGUGGGAUGGCCUCCUCAGGAGAACCUGUGUGUGGGGGGCCCAGUGUUCGGUCCCAGGGCCCAGAUCUAUGUGAGAAAGUUGUGAAGAGUGCUGAAGCGGUGCUAGCCCUUUUGUCUCAUUUGCACCCUGAUACAGGGUAGAGGCGGUGAAUUCCUCUAUGUGUGUCUUUGUGUUGUACAUAUAUGUGCAAUGUGUUGAUUUGUCAAACAGAAAAAAAGAGAUAUUAUGUCCAUACACACAUGUCGUGUAAACUGUAAAAAUUGGUAGGUUCUCACACUGCAAGUCUGGUUCCAAGAUUGUGUGUAGAGAAAAACAUGCAAAGUGUAAGAGCGUUAAUGUGAGAGAAGUUACAGUUACAGUGAAAGUAUGGGAAGAUAUGUAUUAUCUCAAAGAAGAAAAACAUUUCUUUUUGUUGUGAGUGAUUUGUAUAUUCGUGGUCUAAGUCUGUCUUACAAUUGCAAAACAAGUCUCCGGAGAGGGUAUAUGUGCAUGUGAGUGAAAUAGAAGGCCUGAAAAUGUACACCCCACAAAACCCAGUGUUAACUCCUCCAGCACAGUGGAUGUACGUGCACUAUGUAGAAUUUUGAGCCUGCCUAAUGAGAGUCUGGGUCAUGAGCAAUUCCAAAAACCUGACCCUCCCACCCCUUCAAAAGGAAACAAAGACGUAGAAAUUGCAAAAUAGUUUGUUAGAGAUUAGAAAGAUAAUACUUGUGCCAGUAAAAAAAUUUAAAGCCAUAUUAUCAGCUAACAGUUUGUAGGCUUGCAUAUACUUUGUUUGGGAAAUUGCCAGCUAAAUAUGUAAAGAAAACAUCAUCAAUCGUAUAACAGCCAUUUAGUAUUAAGAUAGAAGCAAACAGAGGGAAAGAAAAAUAGUUUGAAAUUGUAAAGAGAAUCCCAUCAACAAUAUAACCAUCAUUUAGUGCUUGGUAAUUAACGUUCAUCUCCGACUGAACAAAGCCUAAUGAGAUGAAAACUUCACAAAACGACCCAAGUUCAAGAAUGCCCCAUCUGGGAUUUGAACCAGAGUCAUCCACUCUAUAGUCCAGACUGAUACCAGCUGAGCUAACGGAGCGCACAACAAAGGGAAAGUCUUCCAUUUUCCCCAAAAUAUGCUCCAUUGAUAAGGUAAGCUUCUUGAAAAAAAUGUAACCCAAGUAAAAUCAAUAAUUGCCAUUUGUAUGACAUUUAAAAAAUUGUUUAUGACACCAUUGAACAGGGUGUGAUAAGCAAGUCCGGUUUUUGGAAUUGCUUUGAAUGAAUGCUAAGACAAGAAAUAUGUGUUGGUGGAGUACAGGAGAGAGAGAGAGGAGAAGAGAGAGAGAGAGAGAGAAGUGUGAAUGCAGUGCCAACUUUGUGCAGCCUUAUCUGCAGUCAUGCAUGAGACAAGCAUUGUGAAUUCUAAGAACAUCUAAAUUGUGUGUUGUGUAUGUUUGUGUAUAUAUAUUUUUGUGCAGUGUGUGAAAUUUGUACACUCGCAUAUUGUGAGCUGUAGCAGACAUGUGUAUAAAGAGAGCUUGUGCAUUGUGUGAGUGAGGGAGAAGUAAAGAGUGAUUGAGGUGGGGAGCACACCAAUGUAUGUAAUGCAAAAAUAUCAUGAAGUCGAAGAACAUUGGUGAGCCUUAUUAAAAUGGUGUACAGAGUGAGGGAGGGUUUGUCGGAAGAACGAGACAUUCGUUGCUUUUUUUUUGUUUUUGUUUUUUUGUAAGAGGAAUCUGCAUUGUGACUACACACUGAUGCCCCCAUUAGUGCCAACAAUUCUUAAGUAGAAUACGGGGACGGUCCAGUGUUUGAUGUUAUAUAUUAUUUUCCCUUGUACAUGCGUUGUUGAUGAAUAUUCAUGAACUGUCUAUACGUAGAAGGUCCCUAUGUGGAGACUGGUUGUAAAUCUCUGAACUAUAGUGAGAAAGGAUAUUGGUAACAGAAAGGGGGGGUGAGUAUGACAGUAUUCAUUUUAUAAAUCUGACUGGAAGAAUUUUGUCCAAGAAAUAUGGGCAGAUUUGAAUCAAGUUGUAAGUCAGAGAUUUUUUAAAUUUUAUGUAAGAAAAAAAGAGUUUGGUGUAGAGGUGUGUGCUCAUUUUUUUAAUGUGCUCAAAUUUGAUGUAUAAAUUGGUUUGAUAAUUUGUUGUAAUUUGACAGAAAAAAUAUUUAAUGAGAAAGUGAAUGUUGAAAGUUUGGUUAAAGAUGACAGAUCUGAAGUAAAGUAUGGUGAACAUUUCAGUGUGAACAAUUAAGGGUGAAUGAACUUCUCAUUGCACAUUGUUCUGAAACGUAUUCCUUGCUCACCGUCAUCUUCUUCAUCAUCAGUUAAAACCCUCAUUUGCUGAGUGCAUAAGCUAUCCCACAUGCUCACUUUUAUUGCGGGACACAGUCUGCAUCAUUUUGUAUGGUCAUAUAAUAUGUUACACUCAGUAAAAUUCUGUUGACAGACGGUAACAGAAAUUUUUUGUGGUAAGAAUAUUUCAGAACCAAAUACAGGAGGUUGUGCCCCCAUAUAUAUAAUUUGAUUUUAUUGUGUUCUUUUCUUGGGGAGGGGUGGGGUCCUUUUUAUAUACGUGUGAGUGGUUGGGAAAGUAUUUUUAUUUUAUUUUAACCGUUUCCUGUUCACGUUCUUCACCAGUUACUGCCAACCAUUUGUAACUUUCUAUAUUUCUAUGUAUAUGUACGCAGCAGCCUUCCAGUGUUCAGUUUUUUGGGCUUAAUGAAAGUAAAACUAAAAGCAUGGAAUGCCAAUGCCGGUUCUGACAUAAUGUCCUUGCUUGCAAUGAAAAGAAGACUAAAGUCAAAUACCAGAGAUUUAUUUUUAUCAUCACCAAACUUACCUUUGAGGAAAACCCUGUGAGAAAAAUGAUGUAUAAGCCUGCCCAGAUAGAACACGGGCACACCAUUUUUUUCCAGCCGGACUAGGCUUGGUAGAACUAAAACACUGCAUUUUAUUUUAAACACUUUUUUGGUGGCUGGGUUGAACAGGAAAGGGCUAAAGGUAACACUUGUCUGUGCCAGGCUUUUUUCCAGCCUUGUGCGAUGUGAUUAGCUCUGCACACCUUUUUGUACUUUUUUGCAGACUGGAUUUACUUUGCAUAGUAAAAAAAAAAAGCUUUUGUUGUGAACUUUUGUAUUAAGAUGCAGUGGCAAAUGUAACAUCCCUUGAAAGUAAGAGUACAAGCAGUGUGGUUGUGUGUCGGUUUGGGCGAAUGUAAGGGAGAGUGAUUGUGCUUGCGAUACCAAUCAUUGACCAAUGUGCUGCUGGGUUUUAUCAGCCACUUUCUGUGUGGCGUUGGCUGCACAUCAACAGGGCAUAAUGUGCUACACACUUGACAGACAAGUCGGCUUUAUCAGUAAUUUGUUGUGAAAAAAAAAAAUUUGCGAGUGGCAUGUUGUUUUGGGGGUUUUUUUGUCUGCUCUCUAUGCUGAGCGCAUCUGAGCUGACAUGGGUUUCUAUUUCAGAAUCUCUGACCCUAGACCCAACAAAUAAAGCAACUGUUUCUAUUUUGAA